AAAGAGUAUGUUUAUUGUAGAAAAUAGGGGUUAAGGUUAGUUAGUUAUUUAUUUUCCAUCAGAUAGUAUGAAAAAUAAUAAAAAUAAUAAAAAUCAAAAUUACCUGUGAUGGCUACCUGGAAAAACAUCAUAAGCACAACCCCUAUUUUCCCCACAUUCUAUUAACACUACAUUCUUAUAUUUUAUGAAGAAUUAUAAAGUAUAUACUUAUUUCUCAGUAUGAUAGAUAGAUAGAUAUAUUUUUCGUGUAUAAUGAGCGUUUACAUUUUUUAGUUAAAAAUAAUUUACUAAGAAAUUCCACACAGACCUCAUAAAUAGUUAUAACAGUUACUAUAGCUAUGUUUUAAAUAUAAAUAUAAAUAUACUCUUUCGUUUCUCAGGUAAUAUAUAAAGUUAAAAAAAAAGUUGUUUACAGUUCAGGAAUGUUAAGUGAUCAAAUAAACUUCACUGGAGGUUCACUAGUUAGGAUUGUGGAAGAUGUUAUAAGCUCGACACAGGGAAAACCAUAGAAUUAGCAGGGCUAGAAAGCCUAUGGAAACCGAUGGGAUUUUCAAAAAAUCAACAGGAACCAACGAUUCAGCAGGAGAUUGACACAGCACAAGGAAGAGUUGUUGAUAGCAAUAGGAGUCAUGGUAUUGAUAGUAAUAGAGUGGUAUUUCAAAGUUGGAUGAAAAAAAAAACAGAAUUAUACAUAGUUACUAAGAUAAUGUUCAAAGAGAUUUUAAUUGGGCUUUAGACAAGGACCUAAAGUUUUUAUUGGUUUUUAAUUGCAGAUUGUUCCAGUCAUUUUUUUGUCAUGAUUUUGCACGACCCAUCUUCAGUUUUCAUUCCUAUGGUACCAGAUCUGCCCUCACAAAUGUUUCUAUUCCAUAUUCCAAAACCAUUAAUUAUGGCUCAAACUCAAAAUUGAGAUCUGAUCUCUUUAAUGUUGAUGACAAGAAGAUGCUUUGUAUCUCAAACAGGUGCUGGAAGCAAGCAAUACACCAUUCUCCGAUUUCAGCGCGAUCAUAAUUUUAAAAUGACGUAAUCUAAUAAUGGCUGAUUUCGUAUGUAAACAAACCCUUAACGUGAUCGAACACAGUAAGCGUUACUAUUUCUUAUGGUAAACAAUUAAUUAAAUAGACCUUUAAAUUAUUUUAAAAUAGUUUUUUAGUAACAUAUUAACUUUAUUUAUAUGAAAAGAUGCAAUAUGUGUUUAACGAGUCAAGUUGAUGUGCUAAAUGCCAUCAAUUUCUCAGCGUCAUUUUUGUAAAAAUAGUUUUACUACGCUUCUUAAUAUCAAUAUAGAAAGGGUUGCGGAGAGGUUGCCAAGGCAAAGGCAUUAAGCACGACAAUGAGACAGGAAUGGGAAUCAGCAAGGCAGGGGUAGGCAAGGCAUGGGAGGCACAGGCAAGGGCAUAGUAGUAGGCAGGCACGAUAAAAGGCAUAGGAAGGGUAGGCAGGGGCAGUAACCUCAACAGAAACUCUCCCCCUACAACUCAAAAAUUACGUAUAAUAAUGUACAAUACAACAAUAUAGAAAGGAUUGCAGAGUGUGGGACUGCCCCCCCCCCUAGGUUUUCAAGCAAAAAUAUUUAGUGGUCCUUAUUUUGAAAAGAUUCCUUGGCAGGACAAACAUGUAUAAUUGCCUUUUCUAAACAUGACAUUUUUGUGAUAUGUAAAUGAAAGUGGUUAUUGUUGCCCUGUCCAGGAUUUGAACCUGGAUCUCUCAUUUUCAUGAGUGUCUUAGCCAUUAGACCAACAGGGUAUAUAUAUGAAAAACUUUACUGGUGCAUAUGCUUAUGGAUUUACAGCACAUAUAGCCAUUUAAUUCUUCUUGUGGAUAAUAAAAUUCAAUUUUUUCUACUAAAUAGAUGGGGGGACCUGGUGUUGAAAAGUUUGGAUAAGGAACUGUAUUACCCAAUAUUAAACAUCUGGUGGAGCGAUUAAUAGGAAACUGUGCCAUCAUUCAUGUGGAGCGCUUUAGUAGAAGCACGUCUAUCGUCUAUCUGAAAAUUGAGGAUAUCGCCUAUUGUUUCUAUAUCAACCAAAUCCGUUAGUUUCAACUCGUCAUCUUUGAUAACCUCGUAACAGAGUGCACCAUACUUGUUCCUUUUGACAUCAACAAUAUGCAGCACUAGGCGUUGAAUAUCAUUCUCUAGAUCCUCAUCAAUCUCGCGUCUCGCGAAUGUAGCCCAUGCUUUUUCCCCUGACGCUACCCUAUUUAAAUGCUCUUCAUCAUCAGGGUAUUCAAAGCCUUCGUAGAAUUCUCCCACUCGAAACCUAAAAUUUUCCAAGCAGGUAGGACAAUAACCAGUCACUGACGCUGCGUUGAUACAACAUCGUAGUACAGGUACGUGGAUAUUGUAGAUAUUUUUAAUUGUCUUUGUUGUACGUAUACUUCCAUAGUUGUUAUUUCAAGGGGUUUCUAGUAGGAGGCAACACGGGUCUAAAAUGUAUACCUCUUUCCAAAGUGUAGUUCUACAUUGUGUUUGGUUGGAGGCCGUCUAUUCCGCGAGCUCUAGGAGACGUUUAUGCGUGUAGUUUUCACCAAGCCUAAAAUGUCUCACACGCUCGGGGUUAACAGAGAUACAUCCACGUUCUCGAAGCCAGUUGUAGUGUACAAUAGCGUUGGGUGUCUCUGCUAGUACGACAAUCUCACGCUUGGGAUAGUAAACAAGUUUGCGUUACAUACCCCUGUUGACCACAGAUGGCCAGGUAUGGAAAGGGAUCGUUGUUGUUGUUCUGGAUAAUGACCAUACCGUUAUCUUUUCCAAAGUCUUCCAGGUAGGGCACGGUACGUUGCUGUAAUGUUCCUACUUGGUCCUGGAGCACAGUAAGCUGCUGAUACCUAUCCUCAAGUUCAUUCCCGAGCGCCACGAGCUACUUGUCCCUAUCGUCUAGGUCGUCCUCUAGGAUCGCCAUGGCCAUAUCCCUUUCCUUGAGGGCUUGACGACGCUCCCUGACCUCACCUUGUAAUUUUUCCACCCCCUUCCCAGCUAGCCAGUGGGUUAGCUCUACAGCCUUAGGUUUCCUGGAGCGGUGCACAAUCUCCAGGGCUCCGUUCAAUGUGACGAAGACGUCAUGCGGAUUCGCUCUUCCAAAGGGGAGGGUGGCACCCUCCCCACUUUUUCUUAUAAUUUCUUGCCUUGUUGUAGUUUCUUCAGCCAAAUAUUGAAAAUUGCUCUUUAUAUCAACAAUCCCUAAAAACCACCCCAGGUAUGCACGUUUGAACAGAAGCUGAAUUUGUUCAUCGAACAGAGUUUCAAUUCCAAGUCCUAGGAUGUUCUAAUCUCACAUACAGGCAUGCAUGCUUGGACUUUUUUAACUCAGCCUUGAUUUCUUCCCAAUCAGGAAUCAUGUUAGUCUCUUCAUCGAUUAGCUUCAUAUCCGAUCUCUCGUGCGGAAACCAGACAAAGAGCUGCUUCUUCUGUCGUCUCAGAUUUUUGGGCAAAGCUGUAUUAUUAGGGUUUAUAUGAAACAUUAUGCCAUAUUACGUUGGUUAUGCUUUAUCUACUGGCAAAAUAUGCAUUAAAAAUAUGUAAAUAAAGAGUAUUAUUACAGUUGUGCAACAUAUUAUGCUAUAUUAAGCUGAUUAUGGCCUAUCUACUGGAAAAUUUUGCAUCUAUAUAGUAAUUAAGAGUUUUAUUACAGUUAUGUUGAGUAUUAUGCGAUAUUGCGUUGGUUAUGGAUUAUCUACAAUAAAAAUAUGCAUCUGUUAUGUAACAAUAGGGAGUAUUCUCUAGGUUAUGUGGAAUAUCAUGUAUAUUUUGUCGGUCCAUUUGGUUGGGGUAAUUCAGUCGACGGGUGUCGGAGUUUGUAUGUCGGUAGAGAUAUUAAGCGGUAUUACUUUAUGUUGUACGUCGUGUGUCAGGUCCAAUUAGCCCGAUGCUAAAUAAAGUCAUUGCCGGUUUGUCUACCUGUCCGCAAGAAAAGCGUCGUGCAACAGGCACACGAAAUAGCGUGUAAUUCAAAGACAAGCGACCCGUGGAUUUUUCACGGGUUAACUUAUAUAUACAUGUAUACAUGAAAUGUAUAUAUAUAUAAUAAUUAGUGCAAAUCUUUAACACAGUUAGAAUGUGUGAAAUUUAUUAGUGUGGUUUUGAUGUUUUCAUGGGAUACAUUUAUUAAUGUUUAACCCUUUACUGUCAUAAAAUUGUCAUAUUCUAAAAUGUAUAUACCAAAUUUAAGGACAUAAACGUAAAUAUUUCUGGAAAAAUGGAUCUUUUCACUUGUAUUGUUAAAAUAAGAAACUUUUGUGCAGAUAGGAAAAUGACCUACUUUACACACGUACACGUCAUUUCUGAUCCAUUAUGACUUCAUCCAAUUAAUGUUUUACCUGGAAUCUGUUUCAAUAGCUCGACACCAACAAAAUCUCUCUAAAUGUUAGUAAAACUGAAUAUAUCCUGUUUAAGCACAAGCUUAAACAAAGGAAUUAUGAUUUAAACUUAAUCAUCAAUGACAAGAAACUCUUCCCCAGUAACUGCAUUAAGUACCUUGGUAUUCCCUUAGAUUCUGAUAUUAACUGGAAAUUUCAGAUCAAUGUUAAACUCAGAGAGCUAAUGAAGCUAUAGUCAAACUUCGACACCUUGUUCCAAAACCUGGUCAAUACUUUAUUGAUUGUAUUUAUCUUUUACCACAUUGUGCAGUUAGACUGAUCUUGAAGGAAGAAAUACAGAGGACUGAUUUCCUUUAAACAACGCAGAACCACUCCUACCCCUUUUUCUCUAAUCUUACUAUUUUAAAAUUUACUGAUUUGGUUCAUAUGAAAAAUGUAAUUUAUAUCAUGGAACAAUUUUUCUCACUCUUACCAUACUUGUGGAUCUACUCUUGGUUUGAUAAGCAAUUGAGCAAGUUGUGAGUUGUAAGUUCCAAGGCUCCUUUUUUUAUGGUACCGAAUUAUGGAAGAGAUGGGUUAAAUCGUUGUAGGUUUAUAUCAUUGCUGUGAACAUUCGAGAUGAUAAAAGAAAGAAAGCAUUACUGUUACAUUUCCUUGGGGAACAAAGACAAGAACUUUACGAAACAUAAAAGGAACAGAACCUGAUAAUGAACAAUUUGAAUGUGCAAUUGGGAAGUUCAACAAACAUUUUCUACCAAAAAAAACUUUCCGUUCCGGAGACAUCUGUUCAACUCUGCAACACAAAAGAAGGGUGUUAAAGCAGAAAAGUCUAAUGCAAGUUGAAAGACAUUUGGUUCAGACUCACCAAUUGAUUUGUAUGUGGUAUUGAAAACGAAAAUUCGACUUGGAAAGAAAGAAAUAGUAUUGCCACUUGGAAACAAGUUAAGUUUCUUUCUUUUGUUCUUAUCUUGAUCUUUUCUAGUUUUAUUAAACAUUCCCAGCUAUUGAAAUAUUUGCAUGUAAGCAGUAUUACUUUAUGAUGUCUUAUUUUAUACUCUCAUUGCUUAGUAAUGCUUUUUAUUAAACUAUUUCCAGUCGGUAUUAAUUUCGUUUUGAAGAAUAAUUUCCUCUGCUUCCGUGUUCCAAUAUGUUUUCCUCCCCACGAGAAAAUGAAGGCGAAUCGAUCGCGAAACGUUUUUAAAUGAAAUAAAAUAAAAUUAAAAAAGCACGAGUUAUUAAUUUUGUAUAAAUAGCAAAUCUCACAUUUUUCUACUAAAUAGAAAAAGCACGUGCGCAGAAUACACCAAUCAACCCCGUAGCUCUCAACCGCGCAUAAAGGAAACUGGGCUCUAGUUUAGAGGGGACAGACAAGAACAUUUGGAACAUAUGCCUGAUAUCUACAAGGAAAAGGGGUACGGAAAUGUAAGGUGCAUAAUUGAUUGUUCUGAGAUAUUCAUUAAACGAUCCAAGUCCUUAAAUGUUCAAGCUGUCACAUGGUCAGACUAUAAACAUCAUAACACUGUAAAGUUUUUAUUUGGUAUUUCUCCUACUGGUUAUAUAACCUUUUUAUCUGAUUGCUAUGGGGGAAGAGCUUCAGACAAAUUUAUUUGCAAUGACAGUGGCUUUUUUGAAUUACUAGAAUAUGGAGACAAUAUAAUGGCAGACAGAGGAUUCCAGAUCACAGAGGAACUCCUUUUACGAUACUGCCAUCUAGUUGUACCUCCAGGAGCCAGGUUAAAAUCACAAAUGACAUUUAUGGAAUGCAGCAAAACCAAAUCCGUGGCAAACUUAAGAAUACAUGUGGAAAGGUCAAUACGGCGUAUGAAAACUUAUCGUAUCUUGCAGACACCUCUACCAAUUACAAUGCUGCAUCACGUUGAUGAUAUUGUCCGUACAUGUGCUGCAUUUUGUAACUUGAAAUCCAUGUUAAUUCAAAAAGCUAAAAAAAAGGACAGUUAAUUUAUUAUAUUUGAUUAGGUAUAUUUAUGUAUAUAACUAUAGCUGUUUUUUGUAUAAAUUUAAUAUUUUCACGCAUUUGUAAAAAAAAAAGUCUUGAUCGUCUAAUGUAAGACACCUACAUUGUAGGAAAUCCAGGUUCAAGUCCUGGUUAGAAUAUAGCAGCAGAAACUGUAUUUCAGACAUAAAACAUUUUAACAAUGUUAUGUAUUUUUACAUAUUUGCAAAAUAUUAUACCAUUUUAUCUCUAAAUUACAUCCAUAAUACCUUGACCAGGACUUGAACCUGGAUUUCCUACAAUGUAGG